CACCAAUCACAUUAAAUAAUUUCUGUAUAUAAAUCAUAUUAUUUAGUAUUAUGCUUAUAUAAAUUAUCUGCAUUUUUUUUUAUAAAGUUCAAAUUUUCAGGCAAGGACUCAAAAAGACUACUGUAUUGAGGGGUUGAGGGGGGGAGUUAAGAGAUUAUAUUAACGUAGGGACAGGUUCAAGUGCGUGCAGUCACGCUGGCUCAGCUGUCAUUCGAUAUUACGAAGCUAAAGCCCCCUUCUCCUCUCUGUCUCUCUCUCCAUAUCUCAAUAGACAGCAAAUUAACGUUUGCAGCUGUCGGGUCUCUGUGUCUUUAAACUACUGUUUUCUUCUCCCUUUUUUAUUUUCCUUUUCUGGCUUUCUCUUUUAUUAACCAACUCAUCAAAUAAUAACAACAGGCAACAACUUCUGUAACAUCAUAAACAAGGCUUCAUCUCAUUCUCUGACCCUCUUCAAUGAUUCUUUUGUGGUGAACAAAAAGGGUGGGGGGUGGGGGACUAGGGAAAUGGAUAUAGGGACAAGCACAGUGGAGCAACAAGCAAAGGAAAUGAGGUGGAACUGCACAAGAUUCAGCUUUCUGAUCCAUUCUUGUCAACCGUGAAUGUGAUUCAUCCAAAAAAAGGAGGAGAGGGUUUUCAUGCAAAAGGAAAGUUACCCAUUUGUUGUUUUGUUUGUUUAGAUGCCAUGGCUUAUCCACAUUAUCGAUCACCUUUUGGUGACACAACGUUUACCAAAGUGUUUGUUGGGGGACUAGCUUGGGAGACCCCCACUGAGGAAAUGCGUAGGUAUUUUCAGCAGUUUGGAGAGAUUCUUGAAGCUGUUAUCAUCACUGAUAAAAACACUGGCAAAUCUAAAGGAUAUGGCUUUGUUACUUUCCGUGAUCCUGAAUCAGCUCGGAGGGCUUGUGUUGAUCCAAAUCCUGUGAUUGGUGGAAGAAGAGCAAAUUGUAACAUUGCUUCACUCGGAAGGCCUAGACCUUCACCGCCACGAGGAAGAAAUCAAGGUAGCAGUCCUUUUCAGGGAGUUGCACAGCAAGGUACACCGUCGUAUAGUGGAGUUGCAGCAGCAGUGCCUCCACCACCACCGCCGCCACUACCACCUGUCAUUUAUCCACCAUAUGGGUUCCCAACUUACAGUCCUGAAUACGGGUAUCACCAAGCUGUCUAUAAUCCACAAAUCCAGCAGGCACAAUACUAUCAUCAACUGUAUGGUUCAUCAUCAACCUCAAUGGGGUCUCCAUAUUAUUUUGGCUACUCUUUGCAAGCUCCCAGGGGAACAUUUUCUGCACCCCAGGCUCAACGUAUCCCCGGACCGUCCUAUCUUUACUAUCCUUCACAAAUGGAGGGGUCCUUCUCCACCUAUCCUCCCCCACCUUUUCAUCCCACUAGGCAUCCAAUUCCAUCUCCUGCAGUCUGCCACAGAUAAUAUAUAGUAAUAGCGUUCUAGCUUAGCAUGCGCCAAAUGGGAAGGGGGCCACAUGGGGCAACCUCAAACAUGUGAAUGAGCUGUCUGGCUAUUGGCAUGACCUAAAAGAUGGGUCAAAUAGAAAGUCAUGACAGAGGAGCAUGGUGUAAACAAAUAGUGACACGUGGUUCAAGUAUCAGGGAUGAUGGUUUGAUUGAUUCUGAUCAUGCAGUCAAGUGGUCGAAUUUGGAGAGGCCCACUAACCAUGUUAUUCACUGCCAUUGUUUUAACUAUUUAUGUGUUCCUAUAUAUGAAUAAUAUGGAUUUAUUUAACUAGACUUUAAGUAGCAAAGUUAGUAUUCACACUUUCUUUUGACAAAACAAACCUUUUUGCUUUUCUAUUGGACUGAUCAGGCCAAUAACCUUUCUUGGAAUAUGACAGAUGAAAAAAGGAAUGACUUUAAAGCACAA